AUGGACAGACUUCUUUUGAGCGAAAAUCUAACACCCACCACACCGCCCUCGUUGGCAGCAUCUACGCUGCUGUCUGAUUCACUGUUCCCUCCUCGAAAGCCAUCGUUGAUGGACCCAAAUGAAGAGGAAGAGACAUCUGAACUCAUGGACAGUGAAUCAAAAACGGAUCCAUUAGCGACACAAGUAUGGAGACUCUAUACAAAAGCCAAAAACACACUGCCCAAUGGCUCUCGGUUAGAAAACUUGACCUGGAGAAUGAUGGCCAUGACACUGAAUAAGAAGAGAGCAGCAGAAGAGCGGCAACGGCAACAGCAACAGGAAGAGGACGACAACGAAGACGAUGAGAAAAGCACCCCAAUGCCAACCAUGACUAAAUCAUCCUCUUCCUCACCCCCUGCGCCAGAUGAUACAGUUGGCCUCCUAUCGUCAUCUGCUCCGCCUUAUACAAUGGACUUUGCAAUCGAAACAUACUAUCAUCUGCAACAGCAGCAACAGCAGCAGGCAUCUCAGCAGCCAUCACAUCAGAAUCCGUGGCAUGGCAAUGUGUUGGUGCAUGGAUCUUCUCGUGUAUCAUCUCCAUUGUAUGAAAAGUCGGCUGCUUACGAAUCACCUUAUUUACCUCAUAUCACAAACAAUAGUAUAACGAUACCAAUGGAUGAAGACAAGGAUGAGGACAUGGACCUGAAUCCACCCGUAAUGAACGCAGGCGCAUUAAGUUUCGAAGACAUGCUGACAAUGUAUUAUCAAGACAAAACCAUAAACAAUGUCAACAAUAUAACGCCAUCAUCGCCCACACCAUCUCCACUGCAGCCAACAACAACAACAACAACAACACAAAAUCACUAUGCUUUAAGCUCAUCGGGAGAUUCCGCCGUUGGUCACACUGCAAUUGCUUCUGUGUCUACUGCUGCUGCUUCUGUUUCUGCUGCUACUACCAUUACCACACAACAAACAACCAUCUUGACGCCUGUCUCCACUCCUUCUCCGCCUUCUAUCAGACAACAACAACAGCAAACAUCCGCCAAAUCAGCCACCACAACCACGCAAUGCACCAACUGCAACACCACAACCACACCCUUAUGGCGAAGAAAUCCAGAAGGCAAACCGCUUUGCAAUGCGUGUGGUUUGUUCCUGAAAUUGCAUGGCGUUGUUAGACCAUUGAGUUUGAAAACAGAUGUGAUCAAGAAACGAAAUCGAAACAAUGGCAACAAUAGCGCAUCUAGCUCGACAGCAUUGGCCAACAGCAACAGUAUAGAUUAUAAAGUUAAUAAAAAUAGUAAUAAUAUGGGUAGAGGGGCUGGUUCAGAGGCAUUGAUGGCAUCGAGCGGCGGUGGCUCUGGAGGAAGACCCAUCAUGUUUACAUCUUGGAGUGCAAAUGGAACGAGUGGACGAGGAGCUGGAGGAGGAGGAGGAGGAGGAGGAGGAGGAGGAGGAGGAGGAGCCAUCACUAGCGGAUCUCACGCUUUGAAUAAACGACAAAGAAGACAUUCAUUGACAGAGGAAAGCAAGAGAUCAGUAGUGGAAAGCGUAAAAAACAGCACCAAACCUGAACAGCUCGGUCAAAUCAAGAUUAAACCCGAGGCAGCCAUGGUGAUUUCAACAGAGUCCUUGCCUGAUCAUCAUCAGCCAUCUUCGCCAGUCAGUCUUGAUGGCAGUAGCAGUAGCAGUGGUGGCGGUGGAGGGCUUCGACAGGUAUUACUAUCUAAACAGCAGCAACAAGCACAGCAUCAAAGACAUGGAUCGUUUAGUGGGUUCAGUAGCACAUUCUCUACAUCUACCAGUGCAGCGCCAAAAGGGAUUCGAACCAUACUACCAAAUAACAGCGUUGCUCCUCGAUCAGCAUCAGUUCAAUACGGAGCUUCAGCUCCCAGUGUCAAUUGGAUGGGAUUGAUGGCCAAACAGCAACAACACCAAGAACAACAGCAACAACAAUUGAUGCUUCAGCAGCAACAGCAGCAGCAACAGUUGUUUGUAAAUAUACAGCCUACUACUACUAUCAACAAGACCAAUGUGCCCGCGACAACAACCUCGAAUGCCACUGCUAAUAGCAUGGCUGCACAAACAUUUCCAUUACUCACCACCGAUCAACUACAACACUUGAUCAUGCUUCAGCAAGCGGCGGCGGCAGCAGCAGCAGUGGCUGUGGGUAGCAAUACUCAAAAUGAGGAUAACGAAGCCUCUUGCGCGAUGGAUCAAGAUCAAGAGUAA